CUUCUCGCUAGAGGUGGAGUAGGAGGUCUUGGUAACCCUCAUUUCCCUUCUGCAUACGGACGAUCUUCUCGAUUAGCAUCAAGAGGUGUUCAACCUCCUACUAAAACGUUAGAAUUGGAAUUGAAAUUAUUAGCGGAUGUAGGUUUGGUAGGUUUACCAAAUGCUGGUAAAAGUACAUUAUUAAUUGGUUUGACGGGGAGAAAAGCGGAAGUGGCAGGAUAUGCUUUUACUACUUUGAACCCUCAAGUAGGUGUGGUACGUGUAAGUCAUGAAGGGGGAAUAGGGGAGAAAUUAAGAUUCACGAUAGCUGAUAAUCCUGGUCUCAUACCCCUCGCUUCUCAGAACGUAGGAUUAGGUCAUUCUUUCCUUCGUUCAAUCGAAAGAUCAUUAGCAUUGGCUUUCGUACUUGAUAUCUCAAUACCUGAACCUCAUAAAGCUUUACAAACAUUGCGAGAAGAGUUGGAUUCUUAUUCACCUGGUUUGAGUAAGAAAGGAGUGGUGGUGGUUUUGAAUAAAGCUGAU